ACGAAGAGCUAUGGCGGGAACAGGAAACGAUCCGCAGAAGCAACUGCUAAGCAUCAUCCGCAAUUUCGCCACCGAGAAAUCUCAAGGAGAACGAAGAGUAGUUACUCUCAGAAAGCAAAUCGAAACGCUAAAAUCAGAAUUGACCGUCGCUAAUACGGAACUUGAGAAAGCUAAGCGCUGCAAAGAACUUGUUGAACAGGAACUUAAAGGUUUUGAACUUCAUCUCUUCUUGAGUGAAGCUUCGGUUCAAACCCUAGAGGCGAGGGUGUCUCUAAUUCAGAAUGAUAUGUAUGCUGUGGAGUCUGAUUUGGAAACUCUCAAGAAUGAAGAAGUAGCUUUACGUGAUCAAUUUAUCUGCAACAUGCUUGACCUGAAUGCCAAAAUAAGGAAAUUUCAAGAGAGCAUCAUCACUUGCGACAUUGAUUCGGUAGAAGAUGCAGCUUGUGAAGAUCUGGCACAAGUAACUAUGGAAGAAAAUGAUACUGAUGUUGAUCUAGGUGCUCUUGAAAGUAGCCUUUUGGAGAUAAUAUCUCAAACAACUAAAGAGGAGAGUGAAUUACAAGCCCAGCAGAAAAUUUAUGAGACCGUCGAGCGUGGGUUAAUUGAUUUGGAAAGAAAGGUGUCUUUAAUGAAUAUGUUUGUCACAGAAACAAAAGAAUUGCAAGAUCUCACCAUGCUGUCUUCUAAAUUCGAAGCAACAUACAGUUCACUUUGUGAAGAACUUCAGAACAGAUCGAUGUGCCCUAGAUGUCAUCUGAACAAUUUGGAGGCUUUAACUACUGUGUUGCAUGCAAAUGAGGAAAACUAAUGUCUUGUAAGUAGUCUACUUCUUGACCAAACACUUAAAAAUGUUGAUCUCAAUGUACUGUGUAGUGGUGAUACUGAAAGGUUCAUGUGUGGUUUAAAAUAGAAGAAACCUUCCAUUUCAGGCUAAAGAAAAAUACAUGCCUCUCUGGUAUUCAAAUAGGAAACAGAAGAAAUUGGGAACACCAACACUGGUUUCUCUUUCAUGUAUUUGUUUCUUAGUACACAGCUUUAGCUAUUGACCAAUAUAAUAUCUGUAAAAUUUACUUUUUCCAUGCAGCAAUAUUUUCUGAGUUGGGGUAUGAUUUUCCUAGCUAAGCUGCCUAUUGGUUUUCAACAAAGAUAACACAUUUUGGAAAUUGAAAUAUGCACUAUUUUCUGAUUAUCCUGCUCUACUUGACGUGCUGUGCCUGUAUCGUGUUUUUAAUUUAGUGCUUGGUAAUGAUUUUUUUGGGCACUUUGUAGCGUCUUACAUUCUUUGUUGACAACAGCAGUAAUGUUGAUCUGAUUAGGAUUUCUUCAUAA